AUGGUUAGAGUGUCCACGUCAAAGUCGGGAGACCUAGGAUCAAACCCGGGUCUGCUGAAGUUCUGUAUGACUCAGUGCCAGGAGGGACUGAAAAGUGAAACCAAAACCACGAUGUCCAGGUCCAGUAAAAAGAAUGGAUAUAAAAGUCCUGCCAAAUCACCAACAUCUCUCACUGAGAGUCAAAUGGAGGAACAGAUCAAGGAAGCCAAACUCCAGUGCAAGAAUUUGAUAAAAAACUACUCACCUAAAACUCACAGACAUAAUGAUGAAGUCAAAACCAGCAUAACCAGGUUGAAUAAAAUUUACAAUGUUUUCAAACCUCUGCCACCAGAAACAGCCACUAAAUGCCGUCGUGCAAUCGGGCUGUUUUUCGUCGACAACGAUUUGGUGCCCAUCCUUUGUGAGAUUGUUAUAGAUUACCUGAAGACUGGCUGGUUAGAUGCAGAAGGCAAGCAGGAUGUCAGUCUUUUCAGCACCAUGCACGAAGCUGUGUUGAUAUUGGUGAACUAUUCCGACAGUUCUGUAGAGAUCUCUGAUUGCGAAGCUGAUGUGCCUGGCUUCUUUGAAUGUGUCGGUGAACAGCUGAAGAAUCUCCAUGUCAAGCUCUCAACGGGAAAGCCUGCCACACUGUUGGACCAAAGGAUGACUGGUACGUUACUUGAUAUUUCCAACAACACCAGUAAUGCAGACAAAGGCAGAAAAAAGCUUCGAGAGCUUGGCUUCAUGCAAAUUCUUAAGCCAUUUCUACAGUUGAAAGACGAGGGGCUAAAACUCACUGCAUUUGUGUGUCUGGCCACUUUGGUGGAUGAGAAGGAAAGCGGUAUGUUACAUGGCAGUGUGAGUCUGGUCAGCUUCCUGCUGAACGUUCUAAGCAAAGCGCUGAAACAUCCGACACGAAGAAAUCAUGGCUGGUCUGCCAGAGAGCUGACACAAGCUGUUACCAAACUUGCCCGAAGUGACGUCAACAAGAAACUGUUGGUGAAGGAGGGUGCUCUCCCUUUGCUCCUGGAACUCUGUAAUGCACAAAAUAAAGAAGAACAAAGAGAGGCUGUGAAUGCCUUGUGGGCCCUGUCAUUUGAUGAUGAGAACAAGGAAUUGAUCAUUCAGGAGCCUGGAAUGAUGAAGAGACUGAUGGAGCUUGGCAAGUCGUCGGACGCAGACGUCAAGAAAUCUGCACUGGGUAUUAUGUGGAUAUUAAGAUAUAAUCUGAGAGACAAGAAGGAUUAUCAUGAAUUAGGUAAAAACCUCAUAGGGAAGAGGCUAAAGACAUCUAAAUCUCCCAGCAAAGAACCUGAUAGUGGGGAUUUUCAGCAUGUAAUGAUCAGUUACCAAUGGGACUCUCAGGACGUGUUACUGAAGGUACGAGACCAGCUAAGGACACAAGGCUACAAUAUCUGGAUGGACGUAGACUGUAUGGAAGGCUCAACACUUCAGGCUAUGGCCGAUGCUGUGGAGAACUCAGCUGCUGUGCUCAUGUGUAUGUCACGCAAGUACAAGGACAGCCCCAACUGUAGAGCAGAGGCUGAAUACGCAUUUCAGCGGCGAGUACCAAUAAUUCCUCUGCUGAUGGAGGACGGGUAUAAAGCAGACGGAUGGCUGGGCAUUUUACUUGGAUCAAAGCUCUUCUUUGAUUUCAGUGGUCGUUACAGUUUUGAGAGUCGAUUUGACAGCUUGAUAAAAGCACUGGGGGUCAAAGGUCAGACUGGAGAGCAAGGGGUCAAAGUCACGAGCCAAUCAGAUACGAGCAAGGGACAGGACACUGCAGAUAGUGCGGCAGGUAAAAUUAUUCCAGUGGUGAAAAGUAAAAUUUUAUCGGUGGCGCCCCCUGUGAGUGAAGAAAAGGCGAAAGUAGUUAAACUUUGGGGAAACAAAGAAAUCACGUCUUGGCUCAAAUCAAAUAAACUUGACAGAUCAUCAAUGUCUACUUUGUCUGGAAAGCAGCUUGUCUUUCUGAGGAACCUUAAAGGAGAGUCUCCAGAAACCUUUUACGGAUUGUUACAAAAGAACUUGGCUUUGACGUCAAUAGAAGACCUGAUGAACUUUGUGGAUGCUUUGACGGAACUCUUGUAAUCAUCAUGUCAUGAUGGGGUGAUUUGUUAAUGCAUUGAUGGAGCACUGGUAGUUAUCAUGUCAUGACGGGGUGAUUUGUGAAUGCAUUGAUGGAGCUCUGGUAAUUAUCAUGUCAUGAUGGGGUGAUUUGUGAAUGCAUUGAUGGAGCUCUGGUAAUUAUCAUGUCAUGAUGGGGUAAUUUGUGAAUGUAUUGAUGGAGCACUGGUAGUUAACAUUCCAUGAUGGGGUGAUUUGUGGAUGUAGUGAUGGAGAUUUGGUAGUUAACAUGCUAUGAUGGGUGAUU